GACGAAGAAGAAGAUGACGAUGAACAAGGCCGCCGGUGUGGUGGCGGUGGUCGCCGCCGUCGCCUUCGCCGCCGCCGUGACGACGGCGCACGCGCAGACCUGCGGCAAGCAGAACGACGGCAUGAUCUGCCCGAGUAACCUGUGCUGCAGCCAGUGGGGGUACUGCGGCCUCGGCAGCGACUACUGCGGGACGGGGUGCCAGAGCGGCGCGUGCUGCAAGAGCCAGCGGUGCGGCAGCCAGGGCGGCGGCGCGACGUGCCCCAACAACCAGUGCUGCAGCCAGUACGGGUACUGCGGCUUCGGCUCCGAGUACUGCGGCAGCGGCUGCCAGAACGGGCCCUGCCGCGCCGACAUCAAGUGCGGCCCCAACGCCGGCGGCAAGCUCUGCCCCAACAACCUGUGCUGCAGCCAGUGGGGGUACUGCGGCCUCGGCAGCGAGUUCUGCGGGACGGGGUGCCAGAGCGGCGCCUGCUGCCCGGAGAAGCGCUGCGGCAGGCAGGCCGGCGGCGCCAAGUGCCCCAACGACUUCUGUUGCAGCUCCGGCGGCUACUGCGGCCUCGGCGGCAACUACUGCGGCUCCGGCUGCCAGAGCGGCGGCUGCUACGGCUCCGGCGCCGCCGCCGACAUGGCCGCCAUCCUCCCCAACAACCGCACUCUCUCUUUCGAUGGGGUCAUCAAGUCAGUCGCAGAGCUUGAUCAGUAG